UGAAUAGCAUGUACAGCGAACGUAAUCAAUAAAUGAUUUACCCUAUUGAUCAUACUUGACCAUGUUUGAUCAGAGUUGAGUGCUGUUUUCUUUUGAUCAAUUCCUAACGUUCGAAGGUGUACUACGAAGACAUGUUUAAGAAAUACAAAGAAGACGAACAAGAAGAGGAAUUACCAUGGUUAGAGGUGCUGGAUCGCGUGGAAGCUAUGGAAUUAUGGGGUGGCCGGAAGCGGGAAACACGCGAACCCUGGUGUCAUUACCUGACUAAAGCAGAUGAGAUUUUGAAAAUGCCUCGACAGACGAUUCCUGAGGACAUCGUACGGACCAUCCUGUCGGGCGACAUGGGCAGGGCGGACAUAUCCGGACUGUUGAGCGCUCAGCCCAAGGUUGCCGUCUUUGUAAGCUCCACGUUCACAGACACGAAAGCAGAGCGAAAUCAACUCAUGAAAGAUGUAUAUCCAUUUUUACGGACGCUGUGUCGCCGUCUCGGUGUCGAGUUCGGCACGGUGGACAUGCGCUGGGGGGUGCCAGAGGAGGCGAGCAGCGACCAUAGCACAGUACGCAUGUGCGUGCAGGAAAUUCAGAGAUGUCUGUCAGAGAGUGUUGGACCUGCAUUUCUUUGUCUGCUGGGUCACAAAUAUGGGUUUCGGCCGUUGCCAUCACAUAUCGAUCACACGGAAUAUCAGUCUAUGAAGAGCUAUCUGGAAAAGUCGGGAAAAGACACGAGUCUUAUUGACAGCUUUUACACACUGGAUGAUAAUGCAGUGCCUGCGGAAUAUGUUCUGAAGAACAAGCCGUCGGAUGACAAACAAUGGUGGAAGGACUUGCCAGUAAUCCAAGAGCAGUUCCGGGAGGCAUCUGCGGCCUGUUUCGGGACCACAAGCCCUAUCUGUGAUAAAUAUAGGCUUUCUGUCACAGAGACGGAAAUACAAUAUGGUGCAUUCAGCAAUAAAAUAGCUGAUGAGCAAGCGUCGUUUAUACGCAGAAAUCUCAAUAACUACCAGUCCGAUUUUCACCUGAACCGCAAGAUCGUUGAUCUCUCUGAUGGAAAACUUGACGAAUAUGCACUCUUUAUGAUGCGCGAACUCCGGGAAAUGAAACUCUCGAACACAGUUGCAGACGUACCAACGUUUGAAAUAAAUUAUGUCGCAGCAAAGGUCGGCGCCGUAAGUGAGUGCAUCCGAAUUGUGUGCGACCACGUGUGUGCUACAUUGGCGGAUAACAUUAUGGAUAGCUAUCAGCGACGAUUACACGUCCAGACGGACCGAGUUUUUCUUGAAGUCUUGCAACAUCGGACUCAUUCACUCGAAAAAAGUGCUCUGUUUGUUGGCCGUGAGCACGAAAUACGCCAAAUAUUAGACUACGUUGGUUCUCACGCGCGAUAUCCUUUAGUUAUCCACGGGCCUUCGGGCUGCGGCAAGACUGCACUCAUGGCGUUAGUUUCUACAAAGAUCAAGGAGCAGCUGAAAGAUGCAAUUCUUGUGCUUCGUUUUUUAGGAACAACGAGUCAGUCGUCAUCUGCGCGGUUGCUGUUAUACAACAUAUGCUGUCAGAUAUCACGUGUUUAUGAACAAAGUAUUGAAAAGAUCCCAACCUCGUACAAAGAUCUGGUUCAAUAUUUCCGGACGUGUCUUUCGUUCGCAACGUCAAACAGACCUUUGGUGCUUGUUAUAGAUUCACUAGAUCAGCUCUCCAACGAGGAUUUUGGUCUAAAUUUAAGUUGGAUGUCGCUGUCUGAGCAACUUCCGGAGCACGUGAAACUUGUGGUGUCUACACUUCCGGUUCGGACGUUGGAUAUUAUUCGAUCCCAUUUAACAAGUGCCGAAUGUUAUGUUGAUGUAAAACCAUUAACCCUACACGAAGGCCCAGAAAUAGUCAAACUGAUGUUGGGAGCAAAGCACAGAAAGGUCACAGAGACACAAAGUACGGUCAUUCUAAACGCGUUUAAGAAGUGUCCUUUUCCAUUGUUCCUUAGACUCGUUGUUGACUUAGCACAAACGUGGAGAUCGUACGAUAUAAUAAGUGCGAACGACAUUGCAGACGACAUGACUGGUUUGAUUGACAAAUUGUUCAAUCGAUUGGAAUACAAGUACGGUGCUACGUUGGUACAGCACGCACUCGCAUACAUCACCGCCUCAAAGAAUGGUCUGUCACUUGCGGAGCUAGAAGAUAUAUUGUCCUGCGACGAUGCUGUUCUAGAUAGCAUAUUUAAAUUUUGGGUACCGCCGUUUCGAAGGAUUCCACCACUUCUCUGGACUCGGGUACGUAAUGACCUUGGACUAUAUUUAGUUGAGCGAGGAUCAAACGGUAUCAGUGCCUAUUGGUGGUACCACAGGCAGUUUUGGGAAACAGCUGAAAAAAGGUAUCUACUGAAAUCCAAAGGCGAGAACAGUGAAGCUUUUAAACGCAAAGCUCAUGUUGCAAUCGCCGAUUAUUUUGAAGGGAAAUGGUCAGAUGGGAAACCUUACGUCGGCAAAGACAAAUUUGAGAAAAUCGAGGACAGAACCAUUCCGAAACAACCCCUGGUAAUAAGUGGCACACGAGACACUAAGCGGCAACUAAACGAGAGGAAGUUGACAGAGUUGCCCUAUCACUUGAUCAUAUUAAAAGAUUGGGACAAGUUUAAGAAACUGUGUAUGGAUCUUUCGUACAUAGAAGCAAAGUUUGAAGCAGACGACGGUUACAAUUGUCUGAGUGAACUGAUUGAAGCAACGAAACAAUCACGCGACGAAGAGAUAAAGCAAGUGACGCGGUUUGUUGGCUCCUUUCUUGGAUUCCUGGUGCGGGAACCACGUGGCGUAUACCAGAUGGCGCUACAACAGCCACCGACUAGCUACAUCAGGAAGCUUAUAGAUGACCUUGAUGAAGACAAAUGCCCCACUGUGUUGCUGUCCAAUUUGACAGAGGACAAGUACGAGGAACCGUGUGAGAUGUCUUUGCACGGCCACACGGGUUCAGUACGCUGUUGCGAUUUUUCAACGAACGGUGAUUUGCUCGUUUCAAGUGCAGAUGACAGCACAAUGCGUAUUUGGGACACGACUACAGGUGCUGAGCUUGUGACCGUGUCAUCACUUCCAGAGCCAAUUAUACCAGACCCCAGCGAGAAUAGGCAGCAACUGAUUCUACAUCCUGUAAACCCGUGCUGCUUCUCAAGAACUGGGGACAUCAUUGCCAACGGCACGGAGCUCGGAGAUGUCAUUUUAUGGGACACAGCGGGUGUUCAGUUACGUCACGUGCGAACGGACAAACGCGCGGUUUCCUCGAUAAAGUUUUCUCCGGACAACAAACAUAUUGCAACUGCCUUCAAGUACGGCCACCUAUCAAUCUGGGAUGCUCGUGACCUAACCCACGUGUUAUCACGUGAUCUGGACUGGUCUGAGGUCACUGGACUGGAUUAUUCCAGAGAUGGAACUCGUCUGGCAGUUAUUGUAACAAAAGGCCUCAUGUUGUUUGAAACCGACAAGUACAGCCUUCUUUCUAGAAACCAAGGAACCUGUCUAAAUCUGUGUUGUACUUUUUAUCCAGAUGGAACAAAACUUAUGACAGGGGGCGACAAUAGCUGCGUUACAGUCUGGGACACUGCAACCGGCAAGAUUCAAACCUGUCUCAGUGGCAUCGCGAACAAACAUAACGCCUGGGUCUGGUCGAUCCAGUUUGACUCCCAAGGGCUUCACAUGUUCACCUGUUCGUCCGAUCGUACGAUGAAAAUCUGGUAUUGUGAAACUGGAAGUGGUUGGCGCGUGCUGAAGACUGUCGGCGGACACUCCCAUCGCGUUAGCAUGGCGUGCAUUGAGCCUGGAAGAGAGGCCAAGAUUUUGACGGCAUCGUUAGAUAGGUCACUGAAGGUAUGGGAUGUGAAGACGCUUAUUGAGGGCACGAUUCCUCCUGUCAAAGGCGGGCACUUCUUGGUGUGUGUGACGUCAAACUCAGGCAGUUUCCUGGCAACGUCCCAGGGCUGGUCUCACACGUGCAAUGUGAUAGAUCCUACCACUGGAACAGCACUUGGUAAUUCAGAGUCCCAUUAUGGCUUCAUACGGGCGGCGACGUUCACUCCAGACAGUGCGUAUUUGCUCGUUUUGGACCAUGGGCAUUCUGGGACGUAUGAACACGGGGCCGAGCUGAAUGCUCGCGCCCGCCUGGUGUCGUUGUCGCCGUUGGCAACCGUGGGCGACCUGAGCGUCGACGCCCCCGCAUCAAUAGCAGUGAGCAGCCGCUACCUGGUCGUAGGUUCCAUUCACGGCGAGAUCGGAUUAUUUGACUGUGCGUUGCGGCAGGUGGCGCGCCAUAAGUUGGCUUCCGGAAGUCACGUGACGCGUCUGGCCACACACGGAGAGACCGUCGCCAUAGGAUACGACAAGAGUAACGACUGCACCGUUAUGAAGAUCCGAAAUGACACAUUGGUAAGCGUUGAGACGUUAUAUGAUCCGGAUAGCGCUUGUCAGACACUCGAGUUUUCACCCGACGGACGGUAUUUAGUGUUCGGCGCUUUUUCCGGUAAAUUGUACAUCUGGAAUGCUUCAAACACUGAGUUUAUUUUGUGCGCGGUUAAGCAGGAACACAAGUCGUACGUCAUGGACAUCAAAUUUUCUCCAUCCGGUAACUUCAUGUUGUCGUCUGCUGCACUGGACAUGCGCAUCUGGGACGUCCGGAAUAAUUUUGGGCUUCUGUGCACGUAUUAUGCGCCUGUUAAUUGCGCGGCAUUCCUCGGUGACCGACAGGUUCUCGCCGGUGAAGCCACGGGCAACUUGAAAUACUUGAAAUUUUGAUAACGAAACAGGUUAAUCUUAAAUGCACAUUGUAUUUUGUUGCGAAGGAUAUUUCGUUUGUCUUAUACCACAUGGUGUAAUGUAAAGUAGUAUAUUAAUUCGCAAGGUAGUCUUCUCUGUUUUGACUAUUAUUAAAUUACCUUAUUAUAUGUGUACAGUUGUUUCCUCCAAAUACAAUCUUAAAUUACGAU